AUGAGUAGCAGCAGAGACACCGAUCGCCACUCUGACUACGAUUACUCUCGCAGCAGCGACAGGAAGGGCUACGGGUCCUCCUCGAGCAGCUCGAGAUCGAAAGACAGAAGCAGGAGUCGUUCUAGGGAUCGAAGCAGCAGGUCGUCCAGAGAUCGCUACCGGUCUCGUUCACGAUCGCCCCGAGAUGACCGAUACCGCGCUCGUUCGAGGUCGCCACCUCGCGACAGCUAUCGGAGCAGUUCGUAUAGCGGCAGCAGCAGCUCGUACAGCAGCGGCGGCGGCUACGGCGACCGCUACGGAUCAGGAGCCGGGGGAGGCUAUGGAGGCGGAAGUUCCUCCUACGGUAGUUACGGCGGCGGCGGCGGCGGCGGCUACGGAAGUCGCGGCGGUAGCGGCAUGGGAGGCGAUCGGAUGGGAGCGCUAGGGAUGAACUUGCAGCGGCCCAACUGGGCGUCACUCCACACGCAGCUGACCAAGUUCGAGAAGAACUUUUACGUGGAGGCUCCCACCGUGGCCAGCAUGACCGAGGCCGAGGUGGAGGAGUACCGCAAGCAGCAGCACAUCACGGUCCUGCAGGGGCGCAACGUGCCCAAGCCCAUCCGCACGUUCGAGGAGGCCCAGUUCCCCGACUACAUCAUGCAGACGGUGCGUUCCCUCAAGUUCGAGCGGCCGACGGCGAUCCAAGCGCAGGGAUGGCCCUGCGCGCUGAGCGGGAGGGACAUGGUGGGCUUGGCCGAGACCGGCUCCGGCAAGACGCUCGCCUUCACGCUGCCGGCCAUCGUUCACAUCAACGCGCAGCCCUUCCUCCAACCGGGCGACGGCCCCAUCGUGCUCAUUCUGGCCCCUACCCGCGAGCUGGCCGUCCAGAUCCAGGAGGUGGCCAACACGUUCGGCCUCACCUCCAAGAUCAAGAACACCUGCGUCUACGGCGGCGUGCCCAAGGGUCCUCAGAUCCGAGACCUCUCUCGCGGCGUGGAGAUCGUCAUCGCGACGCCCGGUCGGCUCAUCGACAUGCUCGAGACAGGCAAGACCAAUCUGCGCCGCGUCACCUACCUGGUGCUCGACGAGGCUGACCGCAUGUUGGACAUGGGCUUCGAGCCGCAGAUCCGGAAGAUCAUGGAGCAGAUCCGGCCCGACCGCCAGACUCUCAUGUGGAGCGCCACCUGGCCGAAGGAGGUCAAGGCCUUGGCGUCCGAGUUCCUCUCGCAGGACAUGAUCCAGAUCAACAUCGGCUCCAUGGAACUCGCUGCCAACCACCGCGUCACGCAGAUCGUCGACAUCGUGCAGGAGUACGAGAAGCGGCCCAAGCUCAUGAAGCUGCUCGAGACCAUCAUGGAUGGCGGCAGGAUCCUCAUCUUCACGCAGACCAAGAAGGGAGCCGACCAGCUUCAGCGAGCUCUCCGCGGCGAGGGCUGGCCUGCCCUGGCCAUCCACGGCGACAAGACCCAGCAGGAGCGCGACGCGACCCUUGCCGAGUUCCGGAGCGGACGAUCGCCCAUCAUGGUGGCCACCGACGUGGCCGCGCGAGGUCUCGACGUCAAGGACGUGCGCUACGUCAUCAACUACGACUUUGCCUCGACCGCUGAGGACUACGUCCACCGCAUCGGCCGCACGGGCCGCGCCGGCGCCACGGGCACCGCCUACAGCUUCUUCACCUCGGGCGACUUCAAGCUGGCCAAGCGCCUCAUCAAGGUCCUCUCCGAGGCCGGCCAGGAGGUGCCUCCGCAACUCCACCAGUUCGCUGUCAUGUCCAAGGCCUCCGGCGGCCCCAAGUCUUCCUUCCGCGGCCGAGGCUACGGCGGCGGCGGUGGCUCCUCCUACAUGCCCUCGUCGUACUCCUCUUCCGGGUCGUCGUACUCUGGCUCUUCGUCCUACUCAUCGGGCGGAAGUGCUUCCCACUACGGACCAUCGUCGUCUUCGUCUCGCCCGUCGACUUCCGGCGCAGCUCCCUCGGCCUCGGCGGCCUCUUCCUCCCUGCCGCAAGCUGCCGUACCCGGGUACGGUAUGUACCCCGCUUACGCCGCUCCCGCCUCGGGCUACGGAGCCUACCCUGGCGUUGGCGUCGUCAACCCCUACGCCUACGCCGCCGCCCCCGGUGCCCCCGCCGCUCGACGCUACUAG